AUGGCCAGUUCAAAGCAUGUACCCACUAUGCGAAAUGACGACCGGUUGGUCGCCAGAAAGCUACUUCAAGACAACCCCAUGCAUGGGUGGGACGAAAUUUGGAAGAAACGUUUGACCUUUUGGGACGUUGGUGAUGUCCAGCUAGCUUUGCAAGAACUACUUCAGUCAGGAUCCGUGGAUUUCCCAAGGACAGGUCGCGCUCUUGGAUACGAUGCAGUACUCAUUGCUGCUAAACUUGGCCUUGAGACUGUGGGUCUUGAUAUAUCCCCUGUGGGCCUACAAAAUGCCAGAGACAAGCUAAAAUCCAUCCCGGAAGACUUGUCCUCUGCAAUUGGGAAAGUGACUUUCGAUGAAGCUGAUUUCUUCACGUACAGCGUGCCAGACGGUCAAAACUACGACGUCAUCUACGAUUAUACGUUCUUUGUCGCUUUCCCGCCUGAACGUCGAAAUGAAUGGGGGCGUCAGAUUUCAGCACUCAUCAAGCCGGGCGGAUAUCUAAUCACGCUUAUUUUCCCACUUGGGCUUCCUUUAGAAGAUUAUCAUGGCCCACCGUUCCAUGUCGAGCCUGAGGAUUAUAUUGAGCCCUUGGGCCAAGGAUGGGAGAAAGUGUAUGACAAGAUUCCGGGAAUCGUGAGGGAGGGGCGCGAAGGAACUGAAAGGAUGGUGGUAUGGAGAAGGAUCUAA